UCGUCUACCCUGACCGGAUGGUGUUUGCGUAUAGGAAGUUUUGUUUUGCGAGUUUUGUCCGUCCGCUUUCGACUGACUGAGUAUUUAGUUAAUGCGCUUAAAAAGAACACGAAAUGAUAUUAGUGUGAACUGCAUUACCGGCAACCGCGCAAGUGUUCAAGGGGAGAAUAAAAAGCCCGAGCUGUUUUGAAAGCGGCGGAAACUCAACACUUUCACAGUAACCCGAGAGCACCUUGCUUGCUAAGCUAACGUUACCCGUAUAGUUAGCGCGGCUAGGGUUAGCCUCUGGUCCGUUGUGUGGAAGGGGGUCUCCGAGCUAACGAAGCCAUGGGGAACCGGGGCAUGGAAGACCUGAUUCCCCUCAUCAACAAGCUUCAGGACGCGUUCAGCACCAUUGGCCAGAGUUGCAAUUUAGACCUUCCUCAGAUCGCUGUGGUCGGCGGACAGAGCGCUGGAAAAAGCUCAGUGUUGGAAAAUUUUGUUGGCAGGGACUUUCUUCCACGUGGAUCAGGCAUUGUUACCCGUAGACCUCUCAUUUUGCAACUGGUCAACAAUAAAGCAGAAUAUGCUGAAUUCCUGCACUGCAAAGGAAAGAAGUUUGUGGAUUUUGAUGAAGUACGGUCGGAAAUCGAGGCAGAGACCGACAGGAUAACAGGGUCCAACAAAGGCAUCUCUCCCGUUCCAAUUAACCUGAGGGUCUACUCCCCACACGUGCUGAACCUGACCCUGAUCGACCUUCCGGGAAUGACUAAGGUUGCCGUUGGAGACCAGCCCAUAGACAUCGAGCACCAGAUCAGGGAUAUGCUGAUGCAGUUCAUCACUAAGGAGAGCUGUCUGAUCCUGGCGGUCACCCCUGCCAACACUGACCUGGCCAACUCCGACGCUCUGAAGAUCGCCAAGGAGGUGGACCCGCAAGGUAUGCGUACCAUUGGUGUUAUAACAAAACUGGACCUGAUGGAUGAAGGGACGGAUGCAAAGGACAUCCUUGAAAAUAAACUGCUGCCACUGCGUAGAGGGUACAUUGGUGUUGUGAACCGCAGCCAGAAAGACAUUGAUGGGAAGAAGGAUAUUCGUGCUGCUCUGGCUGCAGAGAGAAAGUUCUUCCUCUCCCACCCUGCCUACAGACAUAUUGCAGAGCGUAUGGGUACACCACAUCUACAAAAGACGCUCAACCAGCAAUUGACCAACCACAUCAGGGAUACUCUGCCUGGUCUGCGCAGUAAGCUGCAGAGUCAGCUCCUGUCCCUGGAGAAGGAGGUGGAGGAGUACAAGAACUUCCGUCCAGAUGACCCGACACGCAAGACCAAGGCCUUGUUGCAGAUGGUGCAGCAGUUUGGUGUGGACUUUGAGAAGUGCAUUGAGGGCUCUGGGGACCAGGUGGACACCAACGAGCUGUCUGGUGGCGCCAAGAUCAACCGCAUCUUCCAUGAACGCUUCCCCUUUGAACUGGUCAAGAUUGUGUUUGACGAGAAGGAGCUAAGGCGAGAAAUCAGUCAUGCAAUCAAGAACGUACAUGGUGUCAGAACGGGGCUGUUCACUCCAGACCUGGCGUUUGAGGUCAUCGUGAAAAAGCAGAUCGUUAAGCUGAAAACGCCCUGUCUCAAAUGUAUCGAUCUGGUCAUUCAGGAGCUCAUCAACACAGUCAGGCAGUGCACCAACAAGCUCAAUUCGUACCCCAGACUGCGAGAGGAGACUGAGAGGAUUGUCACCACCCACGUCAGAGAAAGAGAAGGGAAGACGAAAGACCAGGUUCUGCUGCUGAUUGACAUUGAGCUGUCCUACAUCAACACCAACCAUGAGGACUUCAUUGGCUUUGCUAAUCUUGACUACAGAAGGCUGGAUGAUGGUAGCACCCCAGGGUACGGCAACAACAGUGCCCAGCAGAGGAACACAGCUGCAAACAAGAAGAGGGCCAUACCCAACCAGGGUGAGAUUUUGGUGAUCAGGAAAGGCUGGCUAACCAUCAACAUCAGCAUCAUGAAGGGUGGCUCCAAGGAGUACUGGUUUGUCCUGACUGCUGAGUCCCUGUCCUGGUACAAAGAUGAGGAGGAGAAAGAAAAGAAAUAUAUGCUGCCGCUGGAUAACCUGAAACUCAGAGAUGUGGAGAAAGGCUUUAUGUCCACAAAGCACAUCUUCGCAAUCUUCAACACCGAACAGAGGAACGUGUACAAGGAUCUUCGCCAAAUAGAACUGGCCUGUGAUUCUCAAGAGGAUGUGGACAGCUGGAAAGCGUCCUUCCUCAGGGCAGGAGUUUAUCCGGAGAAGGACCAGACCGAGAAUGAAGAUGCUGCCCCUGCAGACACAUUCUCUAUGGACCCUCAGUUGGAGCGGCAGGUGGAAACCAUCCGCAACCUGGUGGAUUCUUACACUGGCAUCGUCAACAAAUCCAUCAGAGACCUGAUGCCCAAGACCAUCAUGCAUCUCAUGAUCAACAAUGCAAAGGAUUUCAUCCACUCGGAGCUGCUGGCCUACCUCUACUCUUCUGGGGACCAGAACAGCCUCAUGGAGGAGUCGGCUGACCAGGCCCAGCGUAGAGACGAAAUGUUACGCAUGUAUCAUGCACUCAAGGAGGCACUGCACAUUAUUGGUGACAUCAGCGUCAACACAAUCUCCACCCCAGUACCCCCGCCUGUUAAUGACGGCUGGAUCCAAGAAGCCAGCCCAACCCCUCAGCGUAGGCCGCCUCCUUCAGCAGCCCCACCCCCCAGCCGUCCACCUGCCGUUCGGGGCCCAACACCAGGACCACCCAUGAACCCAUCCCCUGCCUUUGGAGUUCCACUCAACCCCUCGCCCGCCUUUGGUGCACCACCAAUCCCAUCUCGCCCAGGCCCACCCAUCAAUGCCUACAACAGCAACAUGGAUCCCUUCAGUGCACCCCCACAGAUCCCCUCUAGGCCAGCCCGCGUCCCACCCGGUGUACCCAGCCGAAGACCCCCUGGCGCUCCUUCUCACCGGCCCACCAUUAUCCGCCCUGCUGAGCCCUCCCUGCUAGACUAGACCUGUGGCCAAGCCCACCUAAGUGUGUGUGAUUGUGUGUGGGUGUGUGUAUCUGCACACUAAAGGCCGGGGCCAGGGCGGGGGCUCGAGGGGAGGGGUCGACUGAUAGCGGUGCAUAAUGUACAUCGUCCAGCCGUAUUAAGAGGUCUCUUCAAGCAAUGUAAUAAGCUGCUAAUACCGUCUUUAUCAGUGCACAUGAACGAGAGAAAGCCCUUAACCACUUGAAUAUUACAUUUGACUGCUGUGGUAAUUCUGUAAUACAAAAUAAAACCCAGCUGAUCUGUAGGAUGCAUUUAACUUCUAUCAGUAGAAGAUGAUGCAUCAAAUUCAGUUCAAUAGCUUUUUUUUAUUGUAAUAACUGGUUUAUUUCCUAUGACAGGGUUCCCGGCAGAAGCUUAUUAAAUAACUUAUUAACUCUUACAGGCUGGCUUUACUCUCCCCUCCCUCCACCUUUUUAGAUUGGCCCAGACCCCAAUUCUCAAUCUCUUUGUAAUAUACAAACUUAACCUGUUGUUAAUGUUUAACUGGGUUUUCAUUUUCUAACUGAUUUCAUACGGGGAAAAAAACAAUAGCUUAUUAUCACUGUUAUUAUUUUGGCGAUGUUGAUUACAUUUUUUUUUCUUGUGUUAUUAUAUUUGAGUGACUUUGUCCCUUUUAAUGAUUGUUAUAAAUGUAGCUUUAAAAAUGAAAUCCUAAUCACAGAAAACAAAGCAUAAAAAGACACAGGGCACGGUUGCAUGAGACUGAGAGAGUAGCUUCAGCGCGCCCACCCCCCCUCUGUGAAUGAUCUUUCCUUAAUGAAAAGAUGCCAGCCAGAUUGACCAUUAUUAUCCAAGCACUUCUAACCAUCUAGCCUUACAACAAGCCGCUCAUAAAGAGGAUGCUGUAGUCCGUUCCCAGAACACUAUGCACCAAAAACCCAGGAGAGAGAGACAGAAUGAAGGCUGUCUGCACUUUGUAGGAUGGUUUCUCUCCACAAAUUCUGAGUUGUUAAAGCCCUGAAUUUAAAUCCCUUUAGUCUCAGCUGAACCCCAAUGAGACUUUCAGCCUUCGGGUAGACUUUGUUCAUUCCUGGAUUAGCUGAUUCAUAUAGAGCAGAGCGCACAGUACAGUUUCCUCUUACAGAGGAUGAAACUCAGUGAAGCAGCGGGGUGUGUAGUAUCUGUGAUUUAGAGUAUAAAGAUGGUAUUAAGCGUUUAGGAGUUGGCACAUCUCUUUAUGGCCUCAGUUGUUAAGGACAUGUAUUAUUGCUAUUAGUUCUGCUUUCCCUGCAUUAAAAAUAGAAUUGUAUAUAGCUGGCCUAUACUUGGGGAGUUAGCACUUGUAUCUCAUUUAAUCGCAAGGUUGGUGACAAACACAAGCAAUUGAUAUUAAUCAAAGCCCAUCAUGUUAAAAUGCAACUGUAGUUGUCAUAUUAAAGGAAGCACUAACACUGUCAUGUCAUAGAUUAGCCUUGGAUGUGGGGAAAAAGAGAUUGGUUAUCUCCUGGUGCAUUAUUUAUAACCUGGGCAUUUGUCAUUUCAUUUGAUGUUUUUGGUUUCAAUUGUAUCAGCUCUGUACAACUCAGCUCCCCAGCUUCUCUUGGACUGUUAUUUGGGGUUCUGCUACAGGGAUUAGCUUUUUUAAAUGUGGUGUAUGUUGGGAGGGCACUUGGGGCAGGACAUUGUCUGCACAUCUGUGAUUAUUUGAUAAUGAAAUUUUGAUUGGUCUGUGAGGGUAUUUGACCAUUUAAAACCAACUUUUCUUGAACAUGUUGAGGCCUUUAGGGGGAUAAUCGGUCAAGCCGGGGCGGACAUUGCGCUACUAGGAUGUUUUCUGUUUUUGGUUUGAUCAGGUGGUGGGAACUGUGGUCUAUCAAAGCACACUCUGUCUAGAGAAGCUGUCUAGACUAUUUUCAAAAACCAAGGAUAGAAACUUGAUUUGCCAACCUGAAAAGACAGAUAAACUGUAAAAAAAAACAAAAAAAAAAACUCACAGACUCUUGAGACAGUGUGUGCUUUCCUUCCCCUGUAAUUCCCUACAGGUCUGGCUUUCAGUGACAGAAGGUGUAAAAUAUGCUUAUAAACAGCAAAUCUGAAACCCCUGCUACACAAAAGUUACCACAACUUCUUAUUGGGCAACAUUUGUUGAAAUUCCCUCUUGCCUGUCACUUCCGCCUGCCCUUGAGAAGCCCAGACUGUAAAUACCCUGUUAUACAUUAGGUUGUGGCAAUACUGCCUUUCUGCCUAAUGGAUGUACCCUGCUUCUUCUUUCCCUCCCCUUUCUGAAUCUGGUGGAAGGGGUUGGAAACCAACCUGCAAAAAUCUCUUUUCUUUUUGUUUUGCAAACCCUUGUCAAGUGCCUCUGUAGCAAUUAAUUGAUUUGAAUAAACAUGAACUGAUUUUAGAAUGGAGAGUAAAUAAAGAGGUGUUGUGUACAAUAAAAGGGACUGGCUCUG